AAAAUUAACCAUUAAGUGCAAUAAUUUAUAAAAUUAAAUAAUUAAUAAAAUGAGUGAUUUAAAAAAACAUGGAGCUGCGGAUAUCGAUGAAAUUCUAAAACAACUUGGAUUAUUUGGAAUUUAUCAAAAGAAACGAUGGAUAUUGUUUGUAAUUACGAUAUGGGCAUUAGCAAUGGUUGAAUUUACUUAUAUAUUUACAACAAUCAAUCCAAAAUACAGAUGUUCAGUACCAUCCUGCGAAACACCAGACCAGACUGAAUAUAAACCAAUAUGGUUAAAUAAUGCUGUGCCCUACAAAGAUAUUCAGCCCGCUAGAUGUAAACGAUUUCAAGUUAAAAACGAAACAGAACAAAGUUCAUUAGGAGAAUGUGAUUCAGAAUUAUUUAAUAUUAAUGUUAUCGAAGACUGUGAUGAAUUUGUAUUUGACACUAAACACACACUAAUUGUUCAGGAUUUCAAACUGCUGUGUGACAAAGUUUGGAUGAUUGGAAUUCCUGGAACAGCUCAUUCUAGUGCUUUAUUUGUUUCGUUGCCAAUAUCAGGCUAUAUUGCAGACAGAGUUGGAAGAAAAAAAGUGAUAAUAUUUGGAUUAUUAUUGGCUGGAAUUUUUAAUAUAAUUAAAUCGUUUUCAGUAUCAUUUUGGAUGUUUGUAGCAUGUGAAUUCUUGCAAGCUGGAUCAGCUAGUGGAGUAUUCCCGUCGAUAUUUACUUUAAUUGCAGAAUUUUCACCAGCGGAAAGACGAGUUUUUGGAGGUGUUAUCUCAUUCUUAUGCGUUGCUGUUGCCGAAGUUUCUAUAGCAUCAAUAGCUUGGAAUAUCUAUUCAUGGCGCUGGUUUUUACGCUUUGCAACUAUCCCGUGUGCCCUAAUUAUAUUAUUUACGCCAUUUUUACCGGAAUCGAUUAGAUGGUUGAUAUCAAAGAAUAGAAUUGGCGAAGCAAAUACUAUAUUGGAAACAAUUGCUAAAGCUAACGGCACUAAAUUGACAGAAAAACAUCAGUUACAAUUAAAAGAUUCACAGGGCGAUUCAAAGGGUGAUAAUGGUGAGAGUGAAUCAUUAAAAGACGUUUUCAAAAGCGUUCCAAUGAUUUUACGCUUGGGAACAUGUGCGUUUUGCUGGAUAACUUGUGCGUUCGUGUUCCAUGGAUUAUUAUUUAUGGCUGGUGAAAUAUCCGGAAAUAGAUAUUUAAAUUUUAUUCUGGUUGGAUUAGUUGAAAUUCCUGGAAGUUGCAUAUCUUACGUUUCAUGUCGUCGAUUUGGACGAAAAUUCACAAUUAGCGUAGCAUUAAUUGUGGUUGGAAUUUGUUGUGGAUCAUAUAUUUUUAUUCCAGAUGGACAUUGGUUACGAUUAGCUAUGUUUUUAUUGGGAAAAUGUGCCAUUACUACAGCAUUCGGCAGUUUAUACAUUAUUACUGCUGAAAUCUAUCCAACACCAUUUCGACAGACAUUAAUGGGUAUAUGCUCAAUGCUUGGUCGUAUUGGGUCCAUGUCAGCCCCACAAAUGCCAGUUUUGGCGACAAUCUGGAGUACUUUACCAAUAUUAAUAUUCAGCUUAAUAUCAAUAAUGGCAGGAUUACUUUCACUUAUUUUACCUGAAACAUUAAAUACAACCUUACCAGACACAAUUGAAGAAGCUAUAAAUAUUAAUAAGAAAACUGUUGAAAAUACAAAAUUAUAAAAUUUGAAUAA